GCCUUGAUCCCGCGCCCGCAACAAAGUUGAGACUUUACCGAUCUACCCUCCACCAUUGCGAACAAUCUUCAACGAUCAAGAUGGGGGCCGGCGCUCGUCUUACAAGGUCUUCCAGCACCAGGAAAGCUGCUGCCUCAAAAGUCGCCACACCAGAACCAUCCCUGCCUUUGCCCUCAAAACCCUCGAAGCGGACCACACGGUCUUUCCCAAAGGAAAUCCCAGAUUCCGAUGGCCCCGAAGACAUAGUCUCGUCCAGCUCGAUCUCGAAAGCAACCUUCCAGGGUGUUUACGUCCCCAGUCGUCGUGGCAAUGCUGCUGCUAGUCAAGGCUUCAGCCGUCCAGACUCUACUGCGCCGUCUUCCAUCGCAGAUUCGGUAGAAUCCUCAAAUUAUGAGACUCCCGGUACAAGCACAGUCCCAACACCGGACGCCAUGGAACAAGCAGGGACCAACACCAAGGUUGGGGCUACUGCGAGGCUUCUACAGUUGCAGGCUUCUCAGUUUGCAUUGAGUGGUGGCAACGGGGCUUCACGAAAACGGACAGUCACAGAUCUGGAUAUGGCUGGAAAUGAUUCUGAAGACCUGGACUUCCAGAUCGCCUCGAAACUUCAAGAGGAAGAAUACAAUAUGGUUGCAGAUUCCGAGUCCGACGAUUCUGACUCUCAGCCACUAUCAAAACGCCGUCGCACCCGAUCGGAUUUUGGUAGAGCACAAGGCCGGUUCGAAGAAGUGCUCGACUCGCAAGAGGAGACAGAUGACGAUGUUCCACUCCUUCCCAGACGCCGUCCGCGGGCCAACUUGAAGUCCAAGAUUCAAAACGCCGCCGAGAGAGGUGACCCUUUGUCUCUUUUCGAUGAUGAAGACUCUGAACUUUCGUCGCUGUUCACUGAAAGUGAGCUCUCCGACUCUGAUUCUGGCUCCUCCGCCUCAACGCCCUUUCAAGCGGCUCUGGAUCUUGCCAACAGUGCGAAUCCGCCCUCCGCACAGAAAAGCCGCCAUCACUCCAACCACUUCGCGUAUAUUUCUGAUCCCGUGGAGCGUCGUCGGUUUAGAGAACGCGCGCGACUAGAGAAAGCUCAUCCGGAGAUCAAGACGAUGUGGGAAGAAAUUAAGGCGAUCGAUCCAAUCAAGCCUGUUCCCGCUCAGCAGCCAACCGGGAUCAAUCGCAAGCUCAAACCCUUUCAAUUAGAAGGCUUAGAUUGGAUGAUCAAACAGGAGAAAUCCCAGUGGAAAGGUGGUCUACUGGGCGAUGAAAUGGGCAUGGGUAAGACUAUCCAAGCGGUGAGCUUGAUCAUGUCCGACUGGCCGGCCAAGGACCCUACGCUUGUCGUCGUUCCUCCGGUUGCAUUGAUGCAAUGGCAAGCAGAAAUCAAAGACUACACCAGUGGCAAGUUGAACGUGCUUGUCUACCACAUCUCUGCCAACCCCAAGUGCAAGCAUCUAAGUGUCAAGGAUUUGAAGAAGUACGACGUUAUCAUGGUGUCCUAUUCGGGGCUUGAAUCAAUGUUCCGCAAGGAAAACAAAGGUUGGAACCGCAACGAUGGAAUCGUCAAAGAGGACAGUGUACUCCAUGCCAUCAAGUACCACCGCAUCAUCCUUGAUGAAGCCCACAGCAUCAAGCAACGCACCACGAGUGUUUCCAAAGCAUGCUUUGCACUCAAGUCCGAUUACAAAUGGUGCUUGUCGGGAACGCCGGUGCAGAACCGAAUUGGAGAGUUCUUCUCCUUGCUCCGCUUCCUCGAGGUGGUGCCGUUUGCUUGUUAUUUCUGCAAGGCUUGCAAAUGUCGUCAGCUUCAUUGGAGUCAGGACUCGCAAAAGAUGUGCACCAGCUGCAAACAUAGUGGCUUCGAUCACGUCUCAGUCUUCAACCAAGAGAUCCUUAAUCCGAUCACUCAAAGCGAGAGCACCGAACUGCGAAAGCAGGGUCUUGACAAGCUGCGCCUGAUCACCGACCGCAUCAUGCUCCGUCGCAUGAAACGAGACCAUACAUCUUCCAUGGAACUACCGCCCAAAGAUGUCAUUAUCCACAACGAGUUCUUUGGGGAAAUUGAACGUGACUUCAGUCAGAGUAUCAUGUCCAAUUCCUCUCGGAAAUUCGACACAUAUGUUGCACAGGGUGUCAUGUUGAACAAUUACGCCAAUAUCUUUGGUCUGAUCAUGCAAAUGAGACAAGUCGCCGACCAUCCCGACUUGAUUCUGCGCAGAAAUGCCGAAGGAGGUCAGAACGUUCUCGUUUGCUGCAUCUGUGAUGAACCGGCUGAAGAGGCAAUUCGAUCACGUUGUCGUCACGAAUUCUGUCGUCAAUGUGCCAAGUCAUAUGUCCAGUCCUUUGCCGGUGAUGGCGGAGAAGCCGACUGUCCCGCUUGUCACAUUCCUUUGGUCAUCGACUGGGAUCAGCCCGAGAUCCAACAGGAUGAAGACAAUAUCAAGAAGUCUUCCAUCAUCAAUCGUAUCAAGAUGGAGGACUGGACCUCAUCGACCAAGAUCGAAAUGCUCGUCUACGAUUUGUACAAACUCCGGAGCAAGAAACAAACCCACAAAAGCAUCGUCUUCUCUCAAUUUACAUCGAUGUUGCAACUGGUGCAGUGGCGCCUGCAAAAGUCCGGGUUCAGCACCGUGCUCCUCGAUGGUAGUAUGAGCCCGGCCCAGAGGCAGAAGUCGAUUGACCAUUUCAUGAACAACGUGGAUGUCGAAGUUUUCUUGGUCUCCUUGAAGGCAGGCGGUGUGGCACUCAACCUGACUGAGGCCAGCAGAGUGUACAUUGUUGAUCCGUGGUGGAAUCCUGCUGCUGAAUGGCAGUCCGCCGAUCGAUGCCAUCGAAUCGGUCAGCGUCGUCCCUGCGUCAUCACACGUCUGGUCAUUGAAGAUUCAGUCGAGUCGAGAAUCGUCAUGCUACAAGAGAAAAAGGCCAACAUGAUCAACGGCACGGUCAAUAAUGAUCAGGUUGCUCUCGACAAGCUGACACCGGAAGAUAUGCAGUUUCUGUUCCGCGGAUCUUAGUCUUUCGCUUAUCGCUGCUGCAGCGAACUCGGGUUCACGACUCGCAAACUGUUUGAUGAAAGACUACCACUACAGCUAUGACGAGACAAGUUUAAAAAGGAUUGACUAGUCGACGGAUGAGCUCACGGUUAUGAAUUGAUGGGUGGGGGGCGUUUUUUUCUCUUUCUUUUUUAGCAGCAGCAUCAGCAUAGGUGCAUAGGUUCGGGCUUUGGGAUUUCGGGCUUGCUCUGCAUGGGACUCUGGGGUGGGUUGCGUCUGUGCUUAUUCUGCAUGUAUCAUACCGUCUGCACAUUAUCAAUAAACUGGCGUUUACAGAGGACAUACAGGAAGAGAUUUCGUCAUGGUCUAAGGGCAGGCUGCGGCUUGCGGGUCGUCGCAAAAAUCAAUUAGAUUUCAUUGAUUUGCGCUGUGUCUAGAGUGCCAAAUAGCUUGCUACAAUACCUUUGGUUAAACAGCCUUGCCGUGAGGUUAAAUUCUGUGCGCCGCACUGCAACGGUACUUUGGACAGGUAGACUUUAUUUAGCAGAGACCGACGAUGCAGACGUGUCUCAAGACAAGACUGACGAAUUCGAGGUUGAAGACUGAAGAGAUGUCGAGGUUCCAGGGCUGUUUUGACAAGAUAUGAAUAUACCAGUACUGUACAGUAGAACAUUCCAGAGAUCGGAAAUGAUAAAACUACAAAUAUGUAUGCGGGCUAUCUGUGAUUAUCAUUAUUGAUGCAGUGAUGAGUGCCGUGUGUGGGAGGUUUCGUUGUGGACGACUACUAUAUGGAGACAAAAUUUGACAAAA